GGAAGUCUCAAGGGCUUAAAUCUAUGUGCUCAAUUGAAGAUUCUGAAAAUGAGGAGCGAUCUUUCAAUCAAAAUGCUCAUUAUGUUAGUCAAAGUAUGUCAAGACCUUCUGCUUCUCAAGGAUGACGAACAAUGAAUAAAAAGUUUUUGGCUUCUGAGAAAGAGCAUAAGCAAGCUAAUGUUCCAAUUUCUCUUUCUACUAAUGAUGUUCUGGAGUCCACCCCAACAUUUGAAACAAGUUUCUCUCAAGGAUGGAGAACAACAGAUAAAACUGCUUUGGCUCAUGAGAAAGAGAGUUUGCAUUCUGAUAUUCCAAUUUCUCCUAUUGAUCAAGUUAAACAGUCUGCCCAAAUAGCUGAAACAAGUUCAUGUGCUACUGGAAUGGAUAAAAAGGUUCGAGGAAGUAACAAGUGCAAAGAAGUUGCAUCGCUUGAUAUUGGACAAAAGCUAAAAGUGACAUUUUACAAUAAUCGAACAAUUGGGAAGAAUAGUAAUCUAUUUUCGAGGCACUUGGGAAAAAUAGUUCAUGAUCGUAAUAUAUGUCCGUCGGGAGUAUCAUCAUGGAAACACAUUAAGGAGGAAAAGCUAAAUCACAUGUGGGCUGUUGUUAAGGAUAAAUUUGAUAGUGAUGACAUGAAUAGUCAUCGAGAUCAUGUUUUGGGAUGGAUGAAAGAGUUAUGGAAUAAAUGGAGAGGUCAAUUGCAUGAAAAGUAUGUGAAGGGUAAGCCUAUCCAAGAGGCUCUUACGAAUAUGCCUAAGGGGGUAGAAAAGAAGCAAUGGGAGUGGUUGGUAAAAGAACAUUUUACUUCAAAAGAUUUUCAGGCGAGAAGUAAUAGAAACGCAAUAAAUAGAGCUAAGCUGAAGAUGCUUCAUCAUAUUGGUAGCAAGCCAAUUAGAGAGAUUAUUUAUCAAAAGGGCGGAAAAGAUGGCAAUCCACCAGAUUUGGCAACUAUCUUUUACGAGACUCGCAAGAAGAAUAACACACUUGUUGAUUCUGAAACAAUCAAGAAGCAUGCUCAAAUUCAAGAAUUGGUGGAGUCUGAACCAUCACUUUCUAGCAUAGAAAUUGUUGAGAAAUGCUUUGGACCUCAAAGUCGUAGUCAUGUAUUUGGCUUUGGAGGUGGAGUAAAAGCAAGAGAUUUGAAAGGUGAGACUUCCUCAAAAGCUGAAUUGUUGGCUGAGCUACGUUCAACUCAAAAGGAAAAUCAGUCUUUGAAGGAUUGCAUGUCUAACUUUCAAAAUGAGAUGAAAGAACUGAAGGAAUUGAAAGAAUUUUUUUUAGCGCAACACCCUAAUUAUCAGCCUCCAAUUCAAGAGAAUGACUAUUCAGAUCCUUGAUUAUACCAUGUGAGUAAAACCUUACCUGAAACAUCAAUUUAUUGUUCUGGUUCUGCGUAGCAAAGCUAUUAAUUGCUGGUUGUUUUAUCUUAAAAUAUAUUUGCACGUUUGAUAAAUUUUAGAAUGAUAAAUAGUCUAUAAAUUUGGAUCACUAUUGAAUAGUCCUAACCUCAUUCUAAUGGAGAAAAUAUUGCGAAGAGCUCUGUCAAUAU